AAGCGAGGCGGAAGCGGAAGUGACGCCUGCUUCCCCUGCUGGGCGACAUUUCCGGAGCGAAGGCGUCUGAAGAGAAGAGUCGAGCGAGGGGAAGGCUGGAGCCCGCGGUUCCUCGGCUUCCCCGUCCCAGCAAUCACAGAAAUCAUGGCUACGGAUUGGCUUGGAAGCAUCGUCUCGAUCAGUUGUGGAGACAGCUUGGGAGUCUACCAGGGAAGAGUAUCUGCGGUGAAUCAAGCUAGCCAGACCAUUUCACUCACACGGCCGUUCCAUAACGGAGUCAAAUGUUUGGUACCGGAGGUUACCUUCAGGGCUGGGGAUAUCACUGAGCUGAAGAUCCUGGAGAUUCCAGGCCUUGGCAAUAACGGACAAUGUGGAGACUUCCAGCACCCCGACCUUGGCAUUCCUGCUCUCGAGUGUCUGGGUGGUGCCAGUCAGAAUGGCACUGGCAAAUUGCUGAAGAAGCCUAGCAGUGCUCCACAGAACAUCCCCAGGAGAGCCGACGUGAAGACCCAAGAGGUUGCUCUUUCUCCCCAGCUGCACCCCUGUUCCAAGAGCUACAUGGACCGGCACAUGGAAUCCUUGAACGCGUCCAAAAACUUCCGCCGCAGGCACAACUCGUGGUCGUCCAGCAGCCGUCAUCCCAACCAGGCGACCCCGAAGAAAAGCGGCAUGAAGAACGGCCAGAUGAAGAACAAGGACGACGAGUGCUUUGGAGACGACAUCGAAGAGAUCCCGGACACCGAUUUUGACUUCGAGGGCAACCUGGCCCUCUUCGACAAGGCCGCCGUGUUCGAGGAGAUCGAAACCUACGAGCGGAAGAGCGGCACCCGCUCCCGAGGCACGCCCAGCGAGAAGGCGGCCGCCCGUUACCGCCACGACGAGAACAUCUUGGAGUCUGAGCCCAUCGUGUACAGAAGGAUCACCGUUCCCCAGGCGAGCAAAGAGUUCUGCACCGAUUCUGGCUUGGUAGUCCCAAGCGUCUCUUACGAGCUGCACAAAAAACUGCUUUCUGUGGCCGAGAAACAUGGCUUGACUCUCGAACGGAGGUUGGAAAUGACAGGUGUGUGCGCCAGUCAAAUGGCCCUGAGUUUGCUCGGAGGACCCAACAGGCUGAACCCAAAAAACAUUCACCAGCGACCUACUGUGGCCUUAUUGUGUGGCCCUCACGUGAAAGGGGCCCAGGGGAUCAGCUGUGGUCGGCACCUCUCCAAUCACGACGUGGACGUCAUUCUGUUCCUCCCCAAUUUCGUCAAGAUGCUGGAAUCGAUCACCAACGAGCUGACCCUGUUCAGCAAGACUCAAGGGCAGCAGGUGUCCAGUAUUAAAGAUCUUCCAGAGACGCCUGUCGACUUAGUGAUCAACUGCUUAGAUUGCCAUGAAAACGCUUUCCUGAGGGACCAGCCUUGGUACAAAGCUGCCGUAGACUGGGCCAACCAGAACAGAGCCCCCGUCCUCAGCUUGGAUCCUCCCGUCAAUGAAAUGGAGCAAGAGAUUGAUGCCAAGUGGUCACUGGCCUUGGGGCUCCCGUUGCCGCUGGGCGAGAGGGCCGGCCGGCUGUACCUGUGCGACAUCGGCAUCCCGCAGAAAGUGUUCCAGGAGGUGGGCAUAAAUUACCACUCGCCUUUCGGCUGCAAAUUUGUCAUCCCUCUGCACUCGACCUAAAGGGCGGCGAUCCUGGCCUGUCAUCCAGGAGAAGAUAAACCUCCAGCUACCCAGUGGAUCCUGAACGUAUGAAACGUUUGUGGACGCCUUAAGGAGAAAAAUUAUUUUUUAAAAAAACUUCUGGGCUGUGUUUCUUCUCCGAAGGAACAGCGGCGCAGCGGAUCGAGAGAAGCGCAAGGAUUCCCCCUCCUUCCGAGCCAUCCGUGCUCCUGUGCCAUUGCCUGGAGGAGGCUUAAGGCAGCUCCCGUGGAUGGUGGGAAGGCGAGCAGAAGUGUCCUCUUAGCCCGGGGCCCCUGCUUUGUUUGGUUGCGUUAACAGACCAUUGUGGUUUUCCUUUUAAACUUUUGGGGUUUGGUUUUUUUUUUUUCUUUUCUUUUCAGCACUAGAGUGGGUGAAAGGUUGCUUGGGCACCGUCCCGGCCUUCCACGAUCAUCGGAGAAAUGAUCACCAUUUAUCUGGGUUCCUUCUAGUCCUCGGAUUGUCCUUCCUUUCUUUUCAGCUCAAGUGUUCUUGGAUUUGCCAUGUUUGGGUUGCGAUUGGGUGCUCCGUUCCAGGGCCGGCCCUCGUUUUUUUCCUCCCCCCCCACCCCCACUUCCUCUCGUGGCUUGCUUCUCCUGUUGUGCUCGUUGAGUGAACGGUGUCGUGCGGGCCUUGCAAGGACGCCUGGAGUGACGGAGGGGCGGAUGGGAUUGUGCCAACUUUUAGGUUUCCACCGGUACUCGCCUCCUGCCAUCUUGCUGCGGAGAGCGCACGCAGAUUAAUGGCUAUUCCUUUUGUCUGUGCAUGUGCGUGCGUGAGACUGGGUGCACAAGACCGAAAGAAUAAGGAGCUUUGUUGGGCCCGUGCCAUUCCCAUUGGAUACAAAGGUCCAGGAAGAUUUAGGGGCUUGACCGUGGUACGAUGAUCGACUUCCCUUUAGAAGGACCACACGCCAGUGCUUGCCUGGAGUGAUAGAACGGAUGUGAUGUUGUCAGGUAGUCCAGUACACCUUUAAGAGGCAACUGGCUGGCCACAAUUGUGGUCCUGCACACUGAAAAGCCCGUCAGCCACCGUUUCCGCAGGCGCUGUCAUAGCGAACGCUUGGUUCCUCUUCCCUUUCUCCGUUUUUGCGGGGGAAAUGCCUCGACGAUGCUCUGCGGGGACCCGGUUUUUGCUACGGGGAGGCUCGUUCAUGCAAUCCUUGGGCGCCGUCUAGACUUUGGAGGCGGGGGGCUCCGUGUGUUGACAGAAGUGGGAAGCUUCAAGAAAUCCACCACCACUCAGCAACCAAUUCUCAUGAAUCACAGUGAUUAAACUGCAGCAAAGCAGCUCGCUUGCCAAGUUGUGUUCAUUUCCAUUUUUCUUCCCCCCCCCCCACAUUCUCCAGAACUGUC